AUGGCCCCUCUUGCAGCCGUGCUGUGUGGCAAGGAACCAAGGCUGGUGGAAUACAUGACCAAGUCACUGCUUCCCAGAAUUCAAAUUGUGCAUGCCUGCAUCACCACCGAGGCUGCCGAGACUGAGAUUCCGGCCCUGCUCAGAGGCGAGGCUAUCAAACCAGUUUCCGGGUACGGCACCAACACCCGCGGAGAGGGACAACCGCGCACUGACAUCUCGUUCAUCAUUGUCGGCGGUGGCUACCAGCCUGCAGAGCUGGACAAGAUAAAGGCCGUAUCGGACGCUGUCAAGCCUGUGCCAUUCUUCGCUGCAGACCGGGCGAAAAACCCUGCUGCACCGGGUCCUCCACCGCCAGAAAUUAUCAAGCAGAGGAUACUAGCAAAGGUGGAUGAGGCGGAUGAUGGAACAGGAUCUUGGGCGCCGGUUAUUCAUCGAUUUUGAUAUCUUUCCAUGACUCAGACCAUUAGUGUGGAUAAAGUUCCAAUGGUCUUCGUAAGCAGUCCAUAUGAGACAUUCUGAUGCUGCAAUAUAUCAGCACAAAUCAUGGCCAAUCAAGAGCUCUCUCUCAAGCCAUCUUGACCCA